GGCGAGAAAUAGGCAACAUAAAAACACAACAUGUUGCGCAUAUGAACUGCAUACGACACCCGCCCUAAUUUUUGCAAGGCGGCCACAGAGGCCCGAAGAAGCCUCCGAUGAUCCCCUGGAGGCGGGCCCGAACGGCUCACGCUCGCGCCAGGAGAGGGCAUUUUGGCAUUCCUGCCGAUGAAGCCGAAGGGCGUGUCGGGAAUGCCAGGAGAGGGGGGAGGGAGGAGGAGGGAGUGGGUGACGGAGGAGGGGGCGGGGUUACAUUUUUGUUUGGAGGGAGGAGAUGGGAGCGCACAGGAUGAAUCAACUAGGAUGCAAAACCCAAGCAGGACAACGAAACCACGAAUAACUGCUCGAAUUUCCGCCCCGGCAGCUAUCCUACCUAGUGGGAUAGAGCAUCUUCCUAACAGCCAAUCGGCGUGCACGGGAUGAGGCAAACAGCGCGCGCUACAAAGCGCCGCUGUUUUUAAAGCCCAAUCGCAAGGGUGGGGUCACAUUUAUGCGGGCGCGAAUGCGCAUUUCUCGCCCGAGGAGGAUGAGGAGGAGGAGGAGACGACGACGACGACGAGGAGGAGGAAGGAGGAUGAGGAGCACGGGGGGGUGGUUCGGAUCGGACCGGAUGCUCGCGGAAUCCACAGUGCCCGUCAUCGAGAAAUUACAGCGCAAGCACACGGGAACCUGCAACUACUGCUAAUCACGAGCUGGGUUGAGGACUCUUACGUUUCCCGCGGACCACGGGGAUGAGGAGGAGGACAGGCGAUAAUCCAGAACCCCGCGGCAAUUUUCGGUGUCGGGCGAUCCACGACGCCCACUCGUCGUACUGAUCGGCCUUCACGAGCUCAUCGAGGGCCUCUGCAGCGGCCGUCCGCUCGAUGAUCUCGAGCGACAGCCUGAGCCCGUCCCGCAAUCGGUCCGCGGGGCCCUCGACGAUCAGCUUCCUGACCGAGUCCCGGUCGCGCUUCCGAUGGGGGCCGUCGGCCAGCACCCCGCCUGCCAGAUCGCGUCCUGGUCGGCCUUGCACAGAGUGCCGGCGCGCACCGCGACGGGGCCCAGGUCAACGCCAGCUCGGCGGGCUGACUGCCCGCGGCGGUGAACCAGGCCCGCCCGUUGCCGCACCCGUGUGCGGCUGUUGGCGCCCUGCACCGGGGCGGAACGGCGGGACCCCAGCGCGCAAAGCCGUGCAGCCAGUGGGCAGCCAGCACUGCUCCUCCACGCGCGCCUCCCCGAGCGUGUCCUGGCGCUGCGCAGCCGCGGAGGCCCCCAGGGAGGGGGAGGAGGAGGAGGAGGAGGAGACGCGAGCAGCACCAGCACCACCGUCCAGCAACAUCGCCGUUGGCGUGGCCUCGGCAUGACCGCCUCUCGGCGGGGGUCCGUCCGCCCGCCGCUGCGCGCUGCGUCGGGGCGGCAGACCGCCCCGCCUUCUCUUCCUGCCUCUCUCCCGCGCCGUCGGCCAGGGCGGCGUGCGGGCUCUGGCUUCCCUCCUCUCUUGGCCUCCCCGUCGUUCACCCUUUUUUUUGCCUCCCCGUCGUUCACCCGUGGUACUCAUGUCUUGAAAACUGAUUGGGCCAUUGCAAGCCGCACGCUUCGCGGCCUAUGGGACGUUUGCAAGCUGCAAGCUCCAUCCGCACGCCUGUUGGACAACUGCAGGCUUCGCGGCCGUGUACGGGAGCAGGCCGGCCGUCUCAGUCGAGACGCUUGCCCGCCUUGCGGGCACGUCUUGUGGCCACGCGAUGUGCGGUUGUUAUCA